GUUGACCAAUGGGAGUCCAGGAAAACAAAAUGGGCGUCACUUCCUGUUUGGCGGUCAUGUGACCAAAUGGAAGUCGUAUGAUGUGAGAGCUGCAGCUUCUGGAUGUAACUUUGUUCGUGUUCACAGUGUGAAGCGGCGCCUCCUUUGUUUGCACUUUCCGGUGAAGCUGCAUGCCAACUUCCCAACAUGUUCGGUCCUAACAGUUCCACCUGCACCUGAGCUCGACCCCAACUGAAGUCCGGUGUCCUCCCUCUACCACCAUGGACCCCGACCAGCAGCCCAGCCCUCAGUGCUUCCACUGGGACUACCGCUUCCAGCUCAUUGGUCUGGGAUUCGGCUUCUACACCGCAGUGUUCCUCCUCUCUCACCUGCUGUCUGUGACUCUCUCUCACACCUACAACUCUCUGCUGCCUAAAGAGAGAGUUUUCUGGAACCUUGCAGCCACACGGGCUGUAUUCGGCGUACAGAGUACUGUCGCAGGUCUCCGGGUCCUGACCGAGGACUCUGUGCUGAACAGGGACAGGGUGAGAGGUCAGGAGGACUGGUCGUGGUUCAACGUCCUCACGGCCACUGGUUUCUUCGUCUUUGAGAACUCAGCGCUCCAUGUCUCCAGUGUGGUCUUCAGGUCCUUUGACCUGCCACUGGCCACACACCAUUUCUUCGCCCUGGCGGGGUACGCAGGUUCCGUGGUGUGGGACUCCAUCGGUCACUUCCUGCCCAUGGUUGUGCUGCUGCUGGAGAUGAGCACACCGUUCACGUGCAUAUCCUGGAUGUUACUGAAGGCUGGCUGGGCUCGUACCCUGAUCUGGAGAGCCAACCAGUGGGUGAUGAUCCACAUGUUCCACUGCCGUAUGGUCCUCACCUACUACAUCUGGUUUGUGACGUGGACCCACUGGGACGAGAUAAACCGCCAUGUGGCGCUAAUCCAACGACUGCUGUUCUUCACCGGCCUGGCUCUGCUAACCGUUAUCAUCAAUCCCAUCUGGACGCACAAGAAGACCAUGCAGCUGCUCAACCCCGUGGACUGGAACUUUGGCGACAAACCGGCACCGGGAAACGGACCUGCGAAGGACCAGGCGCGGGUUUCUGCCAAAGCUCACUCAAGUUGAGGGGUCACUGACGAGGUCAAUGUUUUGUGCUAAUGCUAAUUUACUGAUGCUGUUUACUGUUUGACGUUUGCUAGCUUACGUAAUGACUGACCAUUUGUCAUUCGUGAUGCGGUGAAAAUGUCUUUUUAAUUUUUAAAUUUUUUUUUUUAAUUGUCAGAAUUUAUUUUACAUUUAUUUCUUAACAGAUUCAUUUCACUUCACUCUGUGGUUUAAUUAGGAAAUAUUCUAUUUAGGAAACAUUGUUCAUCUUUGCGUCAGUGUGAUUGUGUCACACUGCGAUAUUUAGAAGCUCUGUUUUCCCGUCAGUAGGUGGAGACUUUAGAACAAAAGUGUUAAUUGAAAUGAGUGACUUAAUGAAGACAUUGGUUUUUAUAUUUGCAGCAGUAUUAUAUCUUUAAACACUAUCACUUGUUCAAGUUCAAAGAACUGUGAAAAAACAACUUUCUUGUGGGUUUCCCCACAAGAAAGUCUGUCCUCUUAGCUCAAAUUCUUUAUUGUACUUACAUGUGUUUCGCUCAGGUUUAUGGUACAGACAGGGACAGCGCGGUUCCUUCUGCUUCUGAGUCGACGUCAAAGGACUCUGUAGUGAAGUCACAACAAGAAUGUGGCCUUUGUUACCCCGAUGUUCUAUUGGUGUAAUUGUGUUAUCAGCACUAACUGGCAGCACAUGCAACAAAAUGACAUUUAACUGAAAUGCAUUUAGUUUGAAAGGUUACUAACUGAAGCGUGUGGAAACUGUUAGGUAAAUAUAUAAGUGGAAGUAUCUUUAAUGUUGAUUUUUUUUUUUUACUAACUUUUUUACUUUAUUUGUCUUAUAAAAUGGAGAAAGUUUCAGCAGCGACUCAGGAAAAUUAAGCAAGCACGCCAAAUGUUGGUAUCGUGGGUAUUUUAAGUUGUGAGAAUUACUGCAUAUGUUUGCAUCUACCUGAUCAACAAUUAGGACUGGGCGAUAUGGUCCUAAAGUCAUAUCUCGAUAUUUUGCUAGUAAAUAUCGAUGUGCAAUAAAUUUCGCCGUAUUUUCCCCCGAAUUAGCAACAAAAGUUAGCAUCCUCGAGAUAUUCCAAGUCGCAGAGAUUAAAUUAUAUAUAACUCACACGUCAAUGAAAACACGUAUUACAUUUUCAAGAGUAUAAAUUUAGAGAAAAUAUAAUAAAAUCGGGUUUUCGCAAUUAAAGUGCUUUUACACAUAUUUGAGCUUUUGCUAGCUGCUAACGGCAGAUACUUGCAUCGGCGAAAUCGUUUUAGUCCAUAUAUUAAUAUGAUUUAUGUAUCGUACUUUAUCCCGUCAAAAAACAUUGAUACAUUAGGGGAAAAAAACGAUAUAUCGCGCUGUCCUAAUUAUGAUAUAAUGACUUUGUAUUCCGUUAUGUGAAUAAGGUUGGGUGUAAAGUUUUGGGUUUUUUUUUUUCAAAGUAAACUGUAAAUUGUUUCUCUGAAAUUCCUCUGAACCAACUUUCACAAUAAGCUCCGGAUUUUUGUUGUGUCUUUUAUUUUUGUGCAUUUGCGGUGUAUGUGACAACAAAUAACUGAUUUUAAAAAAAUAUCAUUUGUAAUUACAGAAUGGUAAGGUUUUCUUUUCACCCAGCUUCUCGGAUGAUUUACAGACGGUGUUGUUUUUACAUUUUUCAUUUCAGCUUCGACACGAUUUCACGUUCUGGUUGUUUGAGAGUGAAUUAAACUGAACUGAAUACUA